ACGAACCGCUAGGUCAGUUUAUGACACUCGUUUGGAAGGUCCGUAUUAUCUGGUCAACGCAUCGUGUACGACUAGAAAGGGUAGAACAUAAAUUCUUGAGGUGACGUUCUUAAACGUCAGUCGGUAUACAGUUACGACUAUAACUGUGCCCUGCCGUGUGUGUGUGUACGUACAGUGUCAUUUUGUUAUUCGAAAUCAUUAACCGACGCUUUUCAACAAGUCAACCAACAAGGUAGAUAGAUAGGCACAGCAUGAAUGAUAAGAAGUUAGGACGUACGCUUCCGCGAUGUUCCAAGAGCCAGGAGCGUACAAUCGAUUCAUUGUGUUUCCUCUGUUUGCCUUGAAAAUAUCGUACUCGACGGGGCUAGGUUCACCAGGUGUGUCUAGAGACAUAAUUUCCGACAGCCAGUCUUUUAUUUACUCGAUGCAUCGACAAAAGCAUCCUUUCCUUCGUCGGCUUAAUUACAAUACUUGCAUAAAAGUACCGUUUCCGGUGCAUUAGGUUCCCUGGGUGGUUUUUCCGGGCCACCGUAUUCAAAAUAAGGAAUAAUUUAACGACUGGCCGUAGGACGAAACAAUGGCCACUUUAUCGAUACAAUCUGGUUGUACAGCAUGUAACGGAACAGUUCUUUUCUUUUAAACAUUGAACCGACCUUCGUUAACAUCCGCGUCGUAAAACUCUGUUAUUUUCUCUAUUCAAGAAUGGCCACUGCGAUGAUCGAGCAAAUCAUCGACCGGAGAAACAGUCAUAAAGGCUUGUUCGUAGAAAUUACCGUCAUAAUUUUUACCUGCCUUUCCUAGUUCAAUUCCCAACAGUUACUCGCUUACGUGGAAUACCGUCCUGUGACUUAUGAUGAAUCAAAUAUGCUUAGUAACACGAGCCAACGGGAUUCGUCAACAGGCAUCGACUCGAGCUUCCGAGUUUUUAAUAAAGCGAAUGUCUCAGGGGUAAGUUAGUCAUGCGAUAAAGUAACAUCGAUUUGUAUCACGAGUAGGAUGCACAAGCCGUUGUUACGUAAUGAACUCUACAGCAUGAUUUGUCACGAGAACAACCGGUGACUCGCAUGAAAGUACUCAUAAUCGUUACUGUACACCGUAUGCUCUCGGUAGGCAUGCAGAUGUACCAAAUGAUUUUCUUUCUCCCUCUCUGUGUCGCGUGACAGUGACGUCUCGCUUAAUCGCGGCGCCGAACAUCGCUCUCUUAAUUAAGGAAAGAAAAAAACCCGUGCGCGUGAUUCGAGCGUUGAAACGGACCGUUCCUUCUUGUCACUUUUGUAAGGGGAGAUAGGUAUGCUUUUCCCUUCGACGUGCUAACAGGAACUGCCCUGUAAAUUAAGGAACCAACGCCCUGAGAGCAUCGGUCGUUCGUUCUUAUCUUCAUUAGACCCUCGGGGGUGUAGGGACGGAAAAUUAAGUGCACAUGGCGACGACAGCCGUAGCAUCCCGCGGGUGAGCCCUGCGUUUAUUACGAUCCUUCGGAUUUCAGUUCGCUUGUUAAUAAGUAACGGUAACGGAAGGACGGUCGUUAAAGAUUAUUAUUCCGGUAGUCGCGGCGCGCGGUAUGCGCGAACACGGAAAAAUGGUGGCGCGUGAACCGCGCGAGCGCGAGCGCCGGGGAAGCCUGGCAUUCACGGGUGCACUGGUCGCCCUACGAAGGGCUCCAGUGACAAUGGUCCGUCCCUGGACCGUAGACUCUCAGCUCAUUCCAUUCGAGAGCCAGCCAUCGUUUCUCGGCGUACAUCGGCCGCCGGAGGAAGCAUUCCAUUCAUGUUUCGGGACGCGAAGCGGACGCUGAUCGAAGGACGAAAGAGAGACAGAGUCGGAUAACCGGGACUCCUCCGCGAGGACUAGCGCUGCCUGGCGCCACCGACAGGAACAACGACCUGCUGUUGCUGCUGCUGCUGCUACUGCUGCUGUCGUUGAUACACCACCAGUCGUUAUGAUGACAAUCGGGAAGUUAACGUGAGACACUCACGGACCAACCACGUGGUGCGUGUGAAGAUCUCCUCGGACCCGCCACUUCCUUCGCUGGAAUCUGAUCACAGAAGGGUGAAACUCGAAAUGUUGUGAUGGCUGGGACAUCGCGACGUCCGAGCUCCGAGCUCGGACCCGAUCUCUCGUCCCCAACUCCGCCGAAGAAGUCCAAGUUCUCCGCCGAAUCGUCCGUCGAAGGACCAUCGGAGAAGGAGCAUGAGUUGAGCACCGAAGAGCUGGAGAGAUCGGUGGUGGCGUCGUUGUCCGGGAAAACGUUAGAGCUGAUCCCAGGAGGCGCGUCCGGGUCCAGUCCGUUCGAGAUCAGCGAUGAAUCGUUGGACAGCACGAAGCAGCUAAUACAAACUAGUUUGGAAGGUUCGGUGAAAGUCACAGCUGGUUGUUCAAAGGAGGCCCACUUCGGUAGCUUUGAAACGAUCAUGCAAAUGAAGUACAGUGGGCCCGAGGAACAACUAUCCAGCUUGAGUAAACGAUCUGACACAGAUAGUGACGUGCAAAUUCAAACUUCGCUGCUAGGUGAAGACGCGUUGUAUCAGGAGUUGUCAUUGAUCGGAAACGGCGCUUACGGGACCGUCUACAAAGCCAAGGACCUGAACACAGGACAGGUCGUCGCCCUGAAGAAAGUCAGGGUGCCCCUCACUGAAGAUGGUUUACCUACUUCUACCUUAAGAGAGAUCGCAACCUUGAAGCAGCUGGAAAGAUUCGAACAUCCGCACAUUGUAAGACUGCUGGACGUUUGCCAAGGAAAUUACCUGCAUCUACCCUCUGCUGACGGCAGAUCGGAGAGGCUCGAUCGUGGUUUGACCCUGUGGCUAGUGUUCGAACACGUUGAAAGGGAUCUGGCUUCUUACAUGGCCUCCUGUACACGGUCAGGUAUCCUCCCUCAUCUGGUGAAGCAGAUGUCCAAGGAGAUACUCAGGGGUGUCGAGUUCUUACACAGUCACAGGAUCAUACACAGGGACUUGAAGCCUCAAAAUCUGUUGGUGUCCAGGGAAGGGAGAAUAAAGAUAGCGGAUUUUGGUUUGGCAAAAACGUAUGACUUUGAAAUGAGAUUGACUUCUGUGGUGGUAACUCAGUGGUAUCGUGCCCCAGAAGUACUCUUGGGUUGCUCUUAUGCGACUCCUGUGGAUAUUUGGUCCGUGGGUUGCAUACUUGCAGAGUUGAGUAGACUCAAACCUUUGUUUCCAGGUACGAGCGAAGGUGAUCAACUUGAUAGGAUUUUUCAAGUUAUAGGAACUCCGUCGCAAGAAGAGUGGCCUGAAAACGUCUCCCUCAGUUGGACAGCUUUUCCUAACAGGCAACCGAAACCUCUCGCGGCGAUAAUAUCUGAUCUCAAUGAGCAUGGACUAGAUUUAAUUAAGAAUUUACUUAUGUUUAAUCCUCACAGUCGACUGACUGCAACUCAAGCCCUUAGACAUCAAUAUUUUGCUGAAGAUGACUCGUGAUGAGUAUGUUUUUUCCUUUUUCAUAACUAUUUUUGUCACUUUUCAAUUAGUUUCCUUCUCUUUUUUUUCUUUUACGUGCAGACUGACGUUACGGUAUCCAAAAAUACGUAAGCAUAUUAUUUUAUAGGAUUGUUAUAUAGAACUUUUUCCUUUGUUCUUUUCUUCGGUAAGAUUGUAUAGUUUAUCGCGAGUAUAGUACAGUAUGAUUUAUAAAUAUUCUUUUCUAAUUUAGAUAUUGUAAAGUACGUUUAUUAUAAUCUGUAGAACUAUCAUCGUAUUUAAUUCGUAUUGACCAUUGAGUUACUUCGAGCAUCGUUAUAAUUUAAUUCCACGGAAAGCCGUUAAUCAGUGCGAUAUAAAAUAAUUUUUUGAUUUAGGUAGGCGGCCGUAUAAUUUUCACGGUAUAUUAUUUAUUUAGGUAUCAUUUAAUUAAGAUUUCUGUUAUUUUUGUUUCCACGAUACUGUUAAGUCUAGACCAAUCGACGUUCCAUUUAUUUUAUAACGGCUCUCAGUUACAUAGGAGAUAAUAGUUUUUCCAGUGUAGAUAAAUAGGUUUACGAAUGCGCACCAAAAAUUAUUUCGUAUAACGAUUGACUAGGUGUGCCUUCCAAUGUCGCUAAAUAUUGGUAUUCCAUGCCUUAAUUUUCUAUGUAAUUAAAGUUAGCAAUAAGGGUGUACCGUUAAGUAGCGUUAUUCUUGUAAGACUGGGGCCUCUUUGACCCGUUAGAUUUGUCGGGAAGACCUAGGAUCUUCCCCGUAAUAAAUAAAAAAAAAAAGAAGAAGAAAACCAGAAAGUACACUGCCAUAUGUAUGUAAAACGAAACAAUACCGUUUAAUACUGUAUUUUAUGUUCAGUAUGUGUAUAAAUCCUAAGUUUACAAGCAAUAUUUAUACAUAGAUAUAUAUUAUAUAUAUAUAAUAUGCAGUUUAUAAAGAAGUGUGUGGAGGACCUUUAAAAAGACUGUACAAGAAAAUAUAGAUUUUAUAGUUUUAUAUUGUUGCGAUUCCCGCCUGUAUGUAUAAAUAUAGUAUUGUGUGAACUAGACCGUAAGAAAAUCUGAAUGUAGCCCCAUUAAAACAAAACGCGUUGAAUUCAAACUUAAUGAUGUUCAAAUCAGAAUUUAGUCCUUUGUUUAAAAUUGUAAAUUAUCAAGGACUACUGGUUAUAAAGCUCUAUAGGCAUAGUAAGACAUUACCAAUUCAUGAAACAGUCAAGAAGAAGAAAUGAAAUACAGUCAGAGAACCAAUCAGGCUAGUCGUUAACUAAUCUUAAAUAUAAAUGUAAGUUACAUUGGAGUUAAUAACGAUUAUUUACCAUAAGAAUAAAGAGCUUUAUAUAGCGGUGGCCCUUGUAUAAUCUUCCCCUUUUUUGUUCAGCAUCUUUGGGAAGCAGAAUUCGUAUUUAAAACUAAAUUUUGUUCAAGUUCAUUUUAUUGUUCCAUUAAAAGUCAUUACAAAGUUUCAA